UGUGGGCGCGUCCACUCCGUCGCGGGGGUGACGAGCGCCUUCGUUUGGAGGGAACGACGCCAUUUGUUUGCCUCGUCGUGCGCCGCUUUGAUUUGGAGCCGGAGAAGUAGGGAAGGGGCGGGUUGCGGCUCACCGAGUCGUCGGCAGACGCCAAAGCCGGAGCGCCUCGGACGGGCUCGCACCCCCACCGCGGCGCCACAGUGGACUCGCCGCUAACAACCUGGGUGAGAGGCAGCGACGGCGGCGGCGGCUGCGGCGGCUUCGGCUUCGGCGGCUCCGGCGAGGGAAGCAGCUUCACCGCGGACGGACAUGGCGGAAAGCGAGCGCGAGCCCCACGAGCACCGGGAGACGCGCGGCCGGGACGGCGACGCGGACGCCGUCAAAGCGGCGGCGACGCCGCGGGGACGCGGCUGUGGAAGAAAACGCAAAGGGACGCCCGUGAAAGUCUUCGUUACGGCCGCCGAGGAGGAGAUCAACCCUGAGCGCGCGCACUGCAGAGCCGACGUGGUUCUGGAAGGUGAUGCCAAGGAAGCAGCUGAGACGAAACGUCCCACGCCGGACCCCCCUCCCCACAAGACAGACCCCACUCCCAACAACUGUGGUCCAUCAGAGCCAAGUCGGGACAAAGUCUCCAGCGCAUCCAAAGCUGGCUCGGCCUCGGGCCCCACGCCGGUCCCGGCGACCUCGGCUCAAGCCCCCUCCUCCCCGGCCCCGGCCCAGGCCCAGACCCAGGCGACCGGCUCCUUCCCGCCUUCCCCCAACUGCCGCAUCAGAGAGGUUCACUGCGGCAGUCAAGUUCGACUGGUGGUGAUCGCCAUCCGAAACAUCGCCAAGGGGGAGGAGAUCACCGUGGACUACAGCCUGACCGAGUGGGGGGAGAACCUGGGUUUCCGCGGUUCCGUCUCCCCAGCGCAACCAGAGUGUAACUCUGACGCAGAGAGCAACAGCAAAAAGGAGGAUGAGCCGGCGCCGGCCUCCCAGCGACCCGAGCAGCAGCAGCAGCAGCAGCAGCGGCGGCAGUACCAGGACUACGUCACGCCCUCUUGGUCUCUUUCGCCCUCUUCCUCGCCCAUCUCGCAUUCCGACGCCACCGACUCGGACGCGGCAGACGAGGACAGCGCCGGCCCCCGCGGGCGCACCCUGCGUCGCCGCAAGAGGCGGCGCGGCACCCCCUCCAAGAGAAAGACCCCUCAUCGGACUCAGUCCGAGCAUCCGGCGGCCGCCGCCUCCUCGGGUGGUCCGCUCCCGCCUGCGCCCUCCCCUCCGGGCUCCUCCGCCAAAGGCGCGUUCAAAGCUCCCGCCCCUCUGAGCCCGGACGGCACGAGCGACACGGACGCCCCCCACCGAGACUCCGCGCGCCAAACUUGCGACUACUGCGGACGCCACUUCCGCUCGCUGGGCCGCCAUCUCGACAAACACCACGCCCACCAGCCCGACGUGUGCUCCGCCCUCGUCGAGCGUUACACCCGGAUGCCCCGCUUGCACGCGCACAACGCGAGCGCCCCCGCGGCCCCCGCUCACCACAACUCAAAGCACCCGAGCGCCGUCCGGGACCCGCCCUCGUGUCCGCCGUCGCAGCGAGGGCACAGCUCUGUGGCCGUGUCGGUCCUGAAGAGGAGUCCGCCCCCGGUGGCGGCGACGCCGCCCAGGAAGGGAGGAGGGAGGAGGCCCAAGAGGGGGAGAGCGGAUGAUGACCGCGGAGGUGAAGAUGAAGAAGCCGCGGAGCUCGUGCACGCCAAGCGGCCCAAAGAGGAGGAAGUCCAGGCCGGGUGCGCGCCGUCCUUCGGAAACGACUUGUCCAAAGAGAUGCGCAAAGAAGGAGGAGGAGGAGGAGAAGGAGAAGGAGAAGGAGAAGGAGAAGGAGAAGGAGGAGAGGAGGAGGAGGAGGAGGAAGAAGACAAGAGCGUGAUGGACGUGGAAGAUGAAAGCGGGGCCGAGGAUAAGGACAAAGACUCGCUAAGUUCCGGGCGUCACCAGAUGCUGCCCCUCCUCUCGUCGUUGUCGUCGCUCGUCCUGUACCUGCGCCGGCUGCAGCACUCGGCCUACCUGUCGCUGUCUCGCCAGCUGCAGUCGGCCGAGGCCUGGCGCCUCCUCUGCCACUCCAGCCUGGCGCUGCUCAUCCUGUACAACCGGCGGCGCGAGUGCGAGGUCUCCAAGUUGUCCGUGGGCGAGUACAGAGCCCGCGUGACCCCCCAGUGCCCCGUCCCCGUGCCCCCGGGCUCCCCGCCGGCCCUCACCCCGCUGGAGGCCUCCCUGUCUCCCUUCGAGCGGCUGGUGCUGGCCCACCUCCCGCGCGUGGGGGUCCAGGGCAAACGGGGACGCAUCCAGCCCCUGAUUCUGCCGCCCCACUGCGAGCCCUGCCUGGAGCUGCUCCUGCAGACGCGGCGGGACGUGGGCGUGGACCCGGCCAACCCUUACGUCUUCGCCAGGCCCUACCACUCCCCCGCCACCCCCCUGCGGGGCACCGACCUCCUGCGCGGCCUGGCCCGCUCCAGCGGCACCCGCAAUCCCAGAGCCCUGACCCAGACCAGGGUGCGACGGCAGGUGGCCAUCCUGACCCAGCUGCUGCUGCUCGGAGAGGGGGAGGAGCCCGGCCGGCCGGGAGGCGGCGCGGUGGAAAGGCUGGAGCGCUUCCUGGAGAGGGAGUACCACGUGACCCAGAACUGCGCCGGGAUCGGCCAGGAUCCCGGCCUGAUGGGCAGAGUGGGCCGCGUGGUGCUCUGCGGAGAGCGAGACGGCGUCCUCUUCAGGGGGAUGAGCCUCAACCACAUCUGCCUGGAGCUGGACGUCAUGUCGGGAAACUCUGCGGACUCGUACUCGGAGGGAGAAUCGGAAGGCGAGCCGCUCAAGGAGAAGCCCGAGUCCCCCAAACCGGCGCCGACCCUGCUGUACGUCCGCAAGGGCAAGAACAACGGCCGUGUGGGCCGACCCAAGAAGCUGAAGAACAGCGGGUCGCUUGCUUCGCCUCCGCCUCCUCCUCCUCCUCUUCCUGCUCCUCCUCUUCCGCCGAUCAGCCGGAGGAGAGGCUCCGGCAAGCGCGGCGUCCUGAAGCGUCCCUGGUCCGAGGCGGAGCGGGCGGCGGUGGAGGAGCACCUGACCCAAAACAUCAACGAGCUGCGCGUGCCCGCCAAGGCCGACUGCGAGCGCUGCCUGCAACUCUGCCCUCUGCUGGUCAGCAACCAGCGCGAUUGGCGGGCCAUCAAGUUCUACUGCCACAACCGCAUCCAGCUGCUGAAGAAGAAUCAGCGGCGGGAAAGCGAGCCGCUUCCGCUCGUCGUGUGCUGAGAGAGGAGGUCGGCCCGGCCCGGUUUGGAGCUGUCCCAGAUUUCACUGCCACUCAUCAGGUUUUUUUUUUUUUUGUGACUUCCUCGGUGGUAAGACGGCACACGAUCCGUCGCGUCGCCGUACACUCGGACUCGGAACCGAGCAGGGCGCGCCCGCGCCGGGUUGAUCCCCGACAGUCGACGGGGCUGCGUCGCGUCUCGACGACGACGUUCAACGCUUUUUCUUGGAUUUGACCUUCACGUUCCGUCGCCUAUUCUCAGACGCGCUACGUUGAGCUCGUCAAUCAGCCGCUGUUUCAUUUUCCGUAGCAUUCCGGCGGAUUGGAAUUUUUCACGCUGAGGAUUCUCGGCGCUGUUCGGACCCGUGCGCGUCCUCGUGUUGUUUGCGCGGCUGAAAUCACUUCAUGUAAAAAGGAAGGAAAGAAGGUCGUGUAUUUUGACCUCCGUCGUGACUAGCGAGUAGACUUAAGUAUGAAAGCGUCAAUUUCAUUUUGAAAAACGAGGGAAAAACCGCCUGGGUCUCGGCCCAGUUUUGUCGGCUUUGUCCAUAUUUGGCGUCAAGCGCCGCGCCCUUUCCUCUGAUUGGUUGCCUCCGCGAAGCUCAUUUCAGGCCCGGGCAGAAAAACGUCCGCAACUCAGGAACGCGUGGACCCUUUGAAUUCAUGUUUCUCGCACGUGUCGGGACAAAAUUGCAUCCGAAAAGUCCGCUUUGAAAAAAUGCGGCACCCUGAAGAUCCUUUGUUGCGUUGCGAUGUCUGUGUGGUGUCGUCCUCGUGCUGGUUUUUGUUUUUUCCCCGUAGCCAAGAAUCUCUUCAAGCGCCGUGAUUGAAAAGCGAAGGUGUAACGACAAACAAGUUUGUCCCGGUCCGUAAUGUCCCUUUCUUGCUCCAGUUCUAAUGUAAAUACCAAAUAUAUUCUCACUAUAAGA